CUUCACUGAGCCUCGCCUCGGCUUCGACUCGCACCUCACCCAACCAACCAACCAACCAACCAACCAACCAACCAACCAACCUGCCCACCAACCACUCGGCCCCCUAACCAUGGCGACCCAAAGCUACCUCUAUCUCCUUCUCCUCCUGUGCCUCUACACCACCACCAACCAAUGCCAUGCCUCCCCUGUGUCUGGUUUUUCCCAGGGCCCUUCGGACGGGAUCCUCGUGGAAGUCUACCUUGACUACUCAUGCCCAGAGUCUCGAGUGCUGUACAACAGGCUGAAGACCAUGGAUGAUGUGCAUGUGGUGGGAUACCCUCUGCCUAUGCCCCAGUUUCAGCACUCGUGGCGUCUGGCCACGGCCUCGCUGGACGCCGCCAUGUCGGGUGAAGGUGAUGCUGACAGUCUUUGGUGGUCUUACUCGGAAAAGGUCUUCUCCAAGCAGUCGGAACUGGUCGAAACGACUUCGGACGAUGCCUUUUUUGACAAGCUGAAGGAUGUGACGGGCGUUGACUCAAAGGAAGCCCUCAAGGGCCACGAUGCUAACAUGGAGGCCCGCUGGAAGGCCAUCGUUGCCGAUGGCAUCUAUGACGUUCCUGCUCUCUUUGUCAAUGGCAACCGUGUGACGGCUACCCCCGAUGAUCUCGCCACCGCCGUCCGCACCGCUUCUGCCCCCGCCAACCUCAAGUCCACCUCCAAGGCUGUCGCCAUCGUCCCGCUCUUCCUCAUCACCGUCCUCUGCGUUGUCGGCGGCGUCGGCUCCGUCAAGGUCCUCAUGCCCAUGCUCACCGGUGGCCCGGCCUCUGGUUUUCCGGCAAUGGCCAUCUCGGGUGCCCCCGCCCCGCCCACUCGCUUCGUCGAUGACUCGGACGAGGACCUUGAGGCCGAUCGCUUCGGCGCCGGCCUCGCUCCUGUCUUUGGCUCGGACGACGAGCUGUAACCUUUUUACCCGACAAACAAACUGGCACAACGCUUGCACCUGCACUAGCAUGGAGACUAGCCAUCCGUGGAGAGCUACACAAACUUGGACGCGAAAGACUUCAUCCGCAGCCCGCCAGCCUCGCCACGAAC